AUGGGAUCUGUCAAGAGAGCAGCUAUGGGAUCUGUCAAGAGAGCAGCUAUGGGAUCUGUCAAGAGAGCAGCUAUGGGAUCUAUCAAGAGAGCAGCUAUGGGAUCUAUCAAGAGAGCAGCUAUGGGAUCUGUCAAGAGAGCAGCUAUGGGAUCUAUCAAGAGAGCAGCUAUGGGAUCUAUCAAGAGAGCAGCUAUGGGAUCUAUCAAGAGAGCAGCUAUGGGAUCUAUCAAGAGAGCAGCUAUGGGAUCUAUCAAGAGAGCAGCUAUGGGAUCUAUCAAGAGAGCAGCUAUGGGAUCUUGA